CCCAUCCACGCCAUCCGCAGCGCACCCGCGUCUCGUACCUGUACCUCCAUCGCUGGAGAGGGCAUCAAAGCGCACACCCUCGCGUCCCGCGGUCACCCCCGCCGCAGGGUCAGCCGCCAGACCGCGCGCGGCCAUGGCCGACGUCGCCAUGGACGACGCCGCGGCCGCACCGCCGGCAGCGCUGCAGCUCGCCGUACCGGCCGAGGUCGACCUCGGCGCGCUGCAGUUGGUGCUGUCCGACGCAGUGACGCCGCUGUCGCUCGAGCGCCUGGCGCAGCCAGACGAGGCCCUCGUGCUGGCCGUCUACAAGGCGCUGCUCAAGAGCACGUCCGAGCUUGAGGCGCAGCGCCAGGCGCGCGAGCGUGCCGACGUCGACGCCGAGGGCACGCUGCACACCGCGCAGAAUGCCGCCAAAGAGGCGCUGGAGCGUGCUGCGCGUCUUGAGCAAGAGGUCAGCGGCGCAAAAGAGGCCGUCGCGCCGCUCGAGCGCGAGGUCGCCGCACUCAAGUCUGAGAACGAGCAGCUCAAGGCAACGCAGGGCGCCGGCGCCGUGACGUCAAAGGAGACGAGCGAACGCCUGCAGAGCAUCGAGGAGGAGAAGCGCGGCCUGCUUGACAUGCUCGACCGCGAAAAGGUCGAGAGCAGCCGCAAGUCCGACGAGAUCGACGCUCUCAACGCGCGCCUGAAGGAGUCGAGCGCCGAGGUCUCGCGUCUCUCUUCCGAGGUCGCGUCCAUGCGCAGCUUCGACAGCACCUCCAAGUUCCGGAUCCAGUCUCUCGAGCAGCAGGUCGUGCUAGCCAAGAACGACGCCAAGUGGGCGCAUGGCGAGCUGACGCGCGCCAACGAGACGCACGCUGCGGCGCGCAACUCGUCGCACGCCGAGACGGCGCAGCUGCAGGCGUCGCUCGAGGCGGUCACCUCGGCCUCGAACGCGGCCAACGUCAAGCUCGAUGCACUGCAGUCCGCCUACGACGCGACUGUGGCGCGUCUCAACGAGUCGACCAGCAAGCUGCAGGAGGCCACCGCACGCGAGGCGGCUCAAGAAGAGGCCUUCCGCGCCGAGAGCUCCACCACGCAGCGCCUCAUGACGCUGCUCGAGCGCCGCGCCGAGCAGUCCGAAGAGCGCGCCAAGAGCCUCGAGGAGCAGUGGGAGAGCGUGCUGGAGCGCGCGCGCGAGCGCGAGGAGCAGGCGCAGGAGGACCUACGCCAGGAGACCGCGGCGCGGCAACGCAUCGAGACGGAGUGCGCAGAGUUGCGCGAGGCGCUCGACCGCCUGGCCGAGAGCGUCGGCAUCGAGCUGGAGCCUGGACAGCGUGCGCGCAACGGCAGCAGCAUGCCGGGCACGCCCGAGCGCUCGCUCGGCGCGUCGCUCGGUGCAUCGCUGGGAGCAUCGCUCAGCGCCACGCUCUCGCCCACUGCGGCGCUGGCAUCCAAGGUUCAGCGCAGCGGCAAGUCCUUCUCGGCCAUCUACGCCGAUCUGGCACGCACGCAGGAGGAGCUCCGUCGCGAGCGCGCCGAGUGCUCGCGCCUGGGCAGCGUGCUGGAGCAGGUCAUGGCGGAUCUUGCGGAGCGCGCACCUGCGCUCCAGGCUCAGCGCGAGGAGACGCAGCGUCUUGCAGCCGACCUCGACGAUGUCGCGGCGGCACUUGCGCGCGCAUGCGAGGAGCGCGACGCUGCUGAGCGCGCUUCCCGCAGCUCCAAGGCCGAGGCGGACGCCGCUCGCAGUGACGCAGAGCUCACCUCGCAGCAAGUAGCGGACCUCGGCCGCCAGGUGCGUCACCUCACGCGCGAGAUUUUGCUCCGCGAAGACCCGACUGCUGCGGCACGUCUCGAGGACGAGGGGACCGAGCUCGCGGCGGCCUCCUCGAGCGACACGCAGGCCGUCAUCACGAUGGAGCUCGUCACCUUCUCUUCCCUCAGCGAGCUUCUGGGCCAGAACCAGCGGCUGCUCAGUGUCACGCGCCAGCUCGGCGCGCAGCUCGAGGCAACCGUCGAGGAGAACGCGCGCAAGGCUGCUGCCGAUGAGAGCGAGGCAGUGGCAGAGGCAAAGACGAUGAUCGUGCGCGCACAAGAGGAGCUCAAGGCAGAGCGCUCGCGCUCCGAGGCCGCGCGCCGCGAACGCGACAUGUUCCGCGCCAUGUGCUCGCGCAACGGCGCCGUCGUCGCCGGCGUUGAAUCGUCCGGCAGUGCCAGCGGCUCGGCCAUCGCGGCGCAGUACGCCGAGCUGCAGUCGCAGUUCGAGAUCUUCAAGCAGGAGACGCGCAAGGACUCGGACAGCCUCAAGAACGAGGCUCACGCUGCGCGCACCGAGGCCGGACGGGCAAGCGUCACGGCCGCGCGCGAGAAGGCGGGUCGCGAGGCCGCUGAAGAACGCUACCGCACGCUCCAGCAGACCUACGACCUUGCCCGCUCCGAGCUGGUCGAGCUGCAGAAGCGCGCGUCUCUGCUCGCCGAGAACGUCGCCCGCCGAGACAUUGCUUCACACAACGCCGAGACGCAGCUACUCGAGGCCAAGUCCAUCGCCGAGCGCUUGCGCAACGAGGCGGCCAACCUGCGCGCCGAGAAGGAGCUGCACGCCGGCACGCAGCAGCGCCUGCUCGAUGAGAACAAGACGCUCAUCUCGGAGAAGGCCAGCCUCUCGGAGCUGCUGCGCAACGUCCAGGUCAUGCAGAACGAGCUCGAGCGCGUCGGCGGCGAGGCGCAGCGCCGUCUCGCUUCUAGCGUCGAGCGUCUGGAGGAGCAGACAAAGGACCUUCGCGAGAAGCUCACGAAGGAGUCGGAGGCCCUCCGCCAGAUGACGAUGCGCCGCGAGGUCGAGACGCGCGAGCUCAACUCGCGCGUCGAGAAGGCCACUGCGGAGGCAUCGACUCUGCGCGAGCAGCUUGCCGCCGCGCGCACGAGCGUCACGCACCUGACCACGCGCACCGAGGACCUCACCAAGCAGCUCGACGCAAAAGAGGAGAAGCUUGCCGUCUACGAGCGUCGCACUGGCGGCGCAGCUGGCGGCAGCGGUGCUGCCUCGCUUACUCGCGAGCAGCAGCUCGAGGUCGAGCUCGCCGACAUUCGCGGCGACCUUCGCAGCGCGCAGAUCGAAGUCGAGCAGAGCCGUGGCCACGUCGAGCAGUUCAAGGCCAUCGCCGAGGCCAGCGAGGAGGCGCUCGCUGCGCUGCAGGCCACGUACGACUCGUACAAGGCUGCCACCGACAAGGCCGUCGCCGACAAGGACGCCGAGAUCGGCAGCCGACGCGGCCGUCUCGACGGCUUGCUGGGCGAGCUCACCACUGCCCACGAGGAGGCGAACCAGGCGCGCCAGGCUCUCGCCGCGGCGCAGGAGAGCUUCGCCUCCGAGAAGCGCACGCUCGAGGCGGCGAUCGCCGAUCUCGGCGGUCUCGAGGAGCGCACGCGUGUGGAGCAGCACGAGGCUCGCCUCGAGUCGCAGAGGCUGGUCAGGCUGGCGGAGGAGGCACAGGCCAAGUACCAGGCCGAGCUGGUGGCGCACGCCGACGACGUGCGCGACCUGAGCUCAAUCAAGGAGCAGCUCGAGCAGGCGCGCAGCGAGGCACGCGAGGCCAUCAAGGUGCGUGAGACGGCCGAGGCCAACCUCUCGAGCUCGCAGGCCAGCUGGGAGACGCAGAAGGCCACGCUGAGCCAGGAGAUGGACGAGGUUCGCGCCCAGGCCAAGGCGCUGCAGGAUCAGAACAAGAUCCUGCACGGUCACCUCGAAAAGGUCGGCGCGCAGGCUGCGCAGAUCCGCCAGGCCGCCGCGGACAGCUCCGCCGGCCAGGCGAUCGCCGGCGACAGCAGCUUCAGCGAGACAAACGCCGGCGAGCUGCAGGAGGUCAUCAAGUACUUGCGCAGCGAGAAGGAGAUCGUCGACCUCCAGAUCGAGCUGCGCGACCAGGAGUGCGCCCGCCUGCGCCUCAGCGCCGAGCACGCCCAGUCGAGCCUCGACGAGGUGCGCCUGCAGCUCGCCGAGGAGCGCGCCCGCAGCGCCGCCGCCGGCAGCAGCGCCAAGCAGCACGAGGAGCUCCUCGAGAAAGUCAACCAGCUCAGCAUCCUCCGCGAGAGCAACGCGACGCUGCGCGACGAGGCCGAGCGCUCUCUGCGCAAGGCACUCACGCUCGAGACACAGCUCGCCGCCAAGACAGCCGAGCUGGACCCGCUGCGCGAGCAGCUGCGCGUCGCCCAGGUCGAGCUCGAGGCGUGCCAGGGCCAGCUGCGCAUCGUGCAGGACGACAACAAGCGCUGGCAGGCGCGCACGCAGACCAUCCUGCAGCAGUACGACCGCGUCGACCCGGACGACAUCGCCAAGCUCGAGCAGCGCGCCACGGCCGCCGAGGCGGCGCUGGAGGAGGAGAAGACGCGUGCGCAGCAGGGCACUGCCGAGCAGGGCAAGGCACUCGAGGCCAGCCGCGCCGAGUUCGCCGAGCUGCAGAAGAAGUUCGGCCAGCUGCGCAACCAGACGAUCGAGAAGCUCAAGGCCGCCACUGCCAAGGUCACCGCGUCGGAGGCGCAGGUCAAGGAGCUCGAGGCUGCUGCCGCAGAUCAGUCGGGCGUCGAGGCGGUGCGCGCCGAGCUCGAGAAGGUCAAGGCGGAGCUUGCCCAGCAACAGCAAGCACUGCGCGAGCGCGAGGCGGAGGUCCAGUCGCUCAAGGAGCAGCUCGAGCAGCGCCCGCAAGCCAGCAGCACCGAGGAGGGCGAGGCGACUGGCCCGAGCGACGAGGCACUGCAGAAGGCCGUCUCGGACGCGCUCGAGCAGGCCAAGGCCGCGUGGGAGGAGGAGAAGACGCAGCUGCAGUCGGCCAAGGAGCUGGCCGAGCGCCGGCAGAAGCAGCACCUCGACAAGGCGCGCGAGUUCAACACCGCCAUGCGGACGGCGACGACCGAGCGUGACGAGGCCCGCAAGGAGCACAGCGAGCUCGAGGCGAAGCUCAAGGCGCAGUGGGAGAACGAGCACGACCAGGCCAUCGAGAAGGCCGUCACCGAGCGGCUCGCCGCCAAGGGCAGCUCCGGCUCGGGCCCGGCCGCAGAGACCGAGGAGGGCGAGGCAGCUGAGCCGACAAACGCCAAGGGCGAGACGAUGAGCUUCCUCGAGAAGCGCGUCGCCGAUCUGCAGGAGGCGCUCGACAACUCGACGGCGAAGAUCAACCAGCUGCAGGAGGAGCUGGCGGCGCUCAAGGCCGGCACGCCCAGCUCGGCGGGCGAGGAGGAGCUGAAGCGCAAGCACGCCGCCGAGCUCUCAGCGCAGCAGGCGCAGCUCUCGCAGCAGUACCAGGAGCAGCAGCGCAAGGCCAUCGAGGUCGCCGUCAGCAAGGCCAAGGCUGCCGUGGCCGAUGGCUCUGGCGGCGCGCCGCCGCAGGACGUCGAGGAGAUCGUGCAGGCCCGUCUGAAGGCCUUUGAGGAUGCACGCGCCGAGGAGCUCAAGGCUGCCAUCGCCGCGCGCGAGGCCGAGCUCAAGACGGUGCACGACGAGGCGCUCAAGGCGCGCUACGACGCCGGCAAGGAGGAGGCGAGCCUGCGCAACCGCCUCGUCGUCAAGCAGCGCGACAACAAGAUCGAGAAGCUCACGGCCGAGAUUGCGCAGCUCAAGGGCGAGCCUGUGCCUGCAGCAGCCAGCACGAGUGCUCCUGCGGCUGGCGUGGCAGCCCGUGGCGGCGCUGCACCUGCGCGCGGAGGUGCGCCGGCAGUUGGCCGUCCUGGCGCUGCCGCCGCUGCGGCCAGUCUGCCCGCUCGUCCUUCGUCCGAGAACAUCAGCAGCACGUCGGCGGACGGAGCCGCCACCACGCCGCCGGCGGCGCGCGGAGCACGAGGCGGCGCCGUGCGCGGAGGAGGCGCGGCACGCGGUGCUCGCGGAGGCGCUCCCGCACGCGGCGGCGCUCCGGCAGCAGCAGCAGCCGCUGCCACUGCGGCAGGCGGAGCCAAGCGCAAGCUGGAGCCCGCAGCGAAUGGCGCUGCGCCAGCGACGGGAGAGGGCCAGGCGAAGCGCCCGCGUCCAGCGGGCGCGCAGGUGUCGAUCCGCGGCGCGCGCGGCGGCGCACGAGGAGGAGCCGCCGGAGGCUCCUCGUAGCACACU